AUGUCGACAACUUCGCUGAGCGUACCUCCCAGCUCGCCCACCGUGUCAACCUGUUCGUGGCACUCUUCUCAGCCCGACGCACUUGAGCUCGACCCACGCCUGGAAGCCGAAGAACGAGACAUACCCGAUACAUACGGCGAACCCUCUGCUGCGAAACCCAGGCAAUUGCGUCACGAGAUCGCAAGAGUCCUGAAAGCCCGAGGCAUGGUUCUUAGCAAACAUGCCAGCACAGUCCGACGCUUGCAGAGGCAGUGGGGACUACUUGAAGACGAGGCAGGUGCCACCGAGAACGUUAGGUAUUGGGCAAGGAGAAAGGCACUAACCGAGCUGAAACCAACACUGGCCGAUGAGGCAAGGGCCCUGGGCGAGAUCGAUGUAGAGAAAUGGGUGGAACAGAAAAUGAAGGAGCCAGACACGCAAGCGGCGAGAAAGGCUCGAGCGAUAGAGUUGAUGGGGGACAAGGCGCCACAGCCAAAGCAGCCGAAACCAAGAGUCAAGGCGCCGCCGCGGCCCAGAAAGCCCAGGAAGCCGAAGCAGAAGCAACCCCUGAGCCCUCCACGGCUCCCCUUUGUGGCACACGGACAAUGCCUACCUCCGAGGACACCAGCCUUUGCCCAGAUCGCAACGCGCUCAUUCCCGGACCAGCCCUUCGCACCAGCACAGGGACAGGCUUACCCACGGUAUGAAGCGCCAUACCUGGUGGGCCGACAUCCUUCUAGCCCCGCGGGUCCUGUGCACUCCCAAGCAGGUACUUCGCGGCAACAUGAAGCCGGUCUCACGAGUCUGCAGGGAGAUGCCAUGUGUGUACCCGGGGACUCGCCAGCCCCAUCAGGCGAUAAGAACAAGGGACAGGAGCCCGCCACUGGCGUCUCUUCGUCAUGUCCUGGACGACCGAAGACGGAGACCAAGUUGCUUGAAGAGAGGAACACUAUCUUAUUGAAUGAGACUCAACAAUUGUCGGCCGAAAAUGAACGUCUUCGAUCCGAAAACCAGGCCCUCCGAAACCAAGCUCAUGGGGCAGCAAAAACACCCCGCCAACCAAUCCAACCACCAUACCUGGAAACUCAGAGCCCAAUGAUCACUCCUGCGCAACUACCUAAUCAAGCACGCAUUUUCUAUGAAUAUAUUGACCUAAUCCCAGAAGAUGCUGAGAUACCUACGGACAGCACCUUGUUCGGAGUCCUGAGGCCCCCGGGGCACUUCGUGGUGAGACGAAAGAGGAAACUCGGCUAUCUCGCAACGGUGUCGACGGCGUCCACGACCUUGAAUGACGGUUAG